AUGUGCUAUGACCGCUACGUGGCCAUCUGCAGACCCCUGCACUACGGGACCCUCCUGGGCAGCAGAGCUUGUGUCCACAUGGCAGCAGCUGCCUGGGCCUCUGGGUUUCUCAAUGCUCUGCUGCACACAGCCAGUACAUUUUCACUGCCCCUCUGCCAGGGCAAUGCCCUGGGACAGUUCUUCUGUGAAAUCCCCCAGAUCCUCAAGCUCUCCUGCUCACACUCCUACCUCAGGGAACUUGGGCUUCUUGUGGUUAGUGCCUGUUUAGCAUCGGGCUGUUUUGUCUUCAUGGUGGUGUCCUAUGUGCAGAUCUUCAGGGCUGUGCUGAGGAUCCCCUCUCAGCAGGGAAGGCACAAAGCCUUUUCCACCUGCCUCCCUCACCUGGCCGUGGUCUCCCUGGUCAUCAGCACUGCCAUGUUUGCCUACCUGAAGCCCCCCUCCAUCUCCUCCCCAUCCCUGGACCUGGUGGUGGCAGUUCUGUACUCAGUGGUGCCUCCAGCAGUGAACCCCCUCAUCUAC